GGUGCUUCCACUCGUUAUCACACACGACGCACGAUCGUCGUCGACGGAGGGCUCGUGGGUUGCGUUGAGGUGGAGGGUGCGGUGGUGGUGGACUCGAAGAAAUCGGCGAUUAGCAUCCCAUAAAGUGAAGAGAAAUCGGAAUAACAGAUUUUCAAAUUUUUAUUUGAGAUAAUUCAGCGAGAAAGAGAGAGAGAGAGAGAGAGAGAGCGAGAGAGAGGGGGGCGAAAAGUGCCGCCCUGCGGAGAGCUUUCGAGGGGAGAAAAAAAAGAGAGAAAAACGACAGCAGCUUCUCUCACCUCUGCUGCUACUGCCGGGGGUGGACGGUGGUGGCGGUAGUGGGUAGAGAGGUUGCUGGGCAAAAUCUUUUCAUUUCUGCUUAGAAAUCCCCCGAGUUUCUCUCCAAAUCACAUCGCAGUGUCUCGCCAUUCUAUUCCACAUUUCCCCGUUGUUUUUCGUUAAAUUUUCUACAUGUGCAUUAGCGUGUGCGCGCGGGUGAUUGCGCUUUUGAGUUGAUUUUCGAAUGAUUUUAGGCCCUUUCUAAACACUAAUUUAUCAGCCCCAUUGGUAAAGUAUUUUUGACAGACUGUUUUCUAGACCUGUGAUUCGUUAACGAAGUGUGCAGUGGCAUUGCGGGUGGCGUUGCCGUCGGAUUUUCAUUAAAAAAAGGAGGGGUAGUGCAAGAACUCCCUCUUUUCGAUCUGUGAUCACUCAAGUAUCGUUAAUUUUCAUAAUUUCAACGCCAAGUGAACAGUUUUAAUUCCACUCACAGCGUCGUCGCGCUGAGAUUCACCAGAUGACUCUUCGACGAAUCAGCGAGAAAAAUACGCAAGGGAUGCGUUAAUUAUGAAAUCAACGGGACUCAGUCCAAUUUGCCAUAAGUAAUAGCGUGCCAAAGUGGGACGGUCCCUUGACCCUGCUGGGAUAUGACGUAAUGGCAAGAGAGGAGUUACGGAGCAAAAGACCUUUCAAGAUAUGGGACAGCUGGCGUAAUGUGAGGAAGGGUCUCGUCGUCAGCAACUUCGAGGAACUUGUACACCGAGGUAAGGAGAAAUUGGGCGUGCCUCAGAAUGAGAGCGUGAGUCUGGUAUUGGAGUCUGAUGGAACGCAGGUCGAGGACGGUGAAUACUUCAAGACCCUAGCUAAUAAUACAAUACUUUUGCUGUUGAGGCACGGUGAGAGAUGGUGUCCAACUGGUGUCGACAUUAUACGCGCAGCCAUAUCGGCAAUCCCAAAAAUAGUCUGUGAAACAAUUCACGCCCUAGAGUUGCACGAUGAAACGCCCUCGUGGAAGAUCAUGGACAACAAGGGACGCGUCACAGUGGUACUCCAUUGGGACCAGCGUUCCGGCGGUUCAAGUCAGCACUCGCAAUCGCAGUCCCAACAGGCAACGGUGCAGCAGCCGAAAGGUGAAACAGUAAGUUCCAAGUAUUCACCAACGAAGAAGAGCGACCUGAGCGGUCAGCGUCCGUCACUAGUGAUACAAACGAGCCUCGACAAAUUGGGCUACGGUAAAACAAGCCACGGGGAGCUCUUGCCACCUCGCUACAGUAGCCCCCAAAUAACUGUGAUAAAUCAUGACGACAUGGUGCAAAAGAGUUUCACUAGUCCGAGUAAUAGUUCCUACGGAUCGAUAAGCACACAAUUGCCCCCGCAGCAGCAGCAGCAGCAGCAGCAGCAGCAUCAUGGCAUGACCCGGGGUCUGGUAAAACAGGGAACUAAUUCAUUCGAAAGCACCACCAUUCAUAUCCACACACCGGAGUGCUCAAACCGCAUACAUCAACCGGUGCGCAAUGGCAGUCCGGUUAAUGGGGCUGACGGUGGCCCCAGCGAGUGCGACUUCCACUGCUGCGCACUACACGAGGAGGGGCGGAGAAUUGCCGUUCACAAAUCCGUAGCGACAUCGCCGAUACAGGAUCAGCAUGCUGCGCAGCGUGACCAGCAUCAGCAGCAAACGCAAACGCAAACUCCGUCACCGCAACCGCCAUCCUCCCUCUCGGACGGUACCAGACGCUCCGGCAUGGGCAAAGGACACGUCAGAUUUCGCGACACAGCCGACGAGGAGUCAUCACCCCGCAAUUCUGCCUUUCACAUGCAUCAUCACAAUCAUCAUCAGGAGCACGACAGCUCGGAAUCCGAAACGGAAAAUACCAUUAUGGAGGAUGAAAUAGUGACGUCGGAAAAAUUUUUAUUACUCAUUGAUCAGUUGACUGUUGAUCAAAAGCAUCACUUAAGUAUCAAGGACAUUGGCAUUAUACUUGAACGAUUGAGCUCGAAGAUACUCGAUGUCGAGAGGCUGGAUCGGGAGAGUGAGAGCGAGGAAUGUUACAAUUGGACCAUCAAAGCUAUCAUACGGGGUGAUGUGCUGAGAGAACUCGGGGUUAUUUACAAUGGUAAUUAUUACGCUAUUAGUGAGCAUCCUGGGUAUAAAGAAGAGUCUGAAGAGAAUAAUGAGGAUAACGAGGAGGAGGAAGAGGAUAGACUUUAAUAAUUAUCGUUUUUAAGAAAACAAUAAAACAAAUUAGCUAGCAUUGUAACAUUGUUUCAUCUUGCCUCCCACUUUCUACUCCAUCGUUCAGACUAAACGACAGACUAAUGUUUGCGCUCAUUUUAAUCGGGAGAGAGCUGAGCGAAUGAGCGUAAAUAUUCACCCGUUUUUAAUUUUGGCUUUUGGUUUUUUGUAAAAGAGGAAACAUAGAGUGAAAUCUCUUUCAUUUGCGGAAAAGGUUUUCCCCCCCAACUCUGUUAUUAGGAAUUUUUCACGAGUGAGGAGUUGAAAAGGAUUCAUCAUCAAAUAAAUACGAUAAACAAGAGAUGAGAAAAAACAUUAUAAACAUUAGAUCUAAUGACGGUUGUUGAAUAUGUACUUAUUGAAUAGUAUGUAUACUUGUAGGAAACAUUUUUUGGGAUACGGAUGCUCUCCGUAACCGUCCACGACACUGCCCUAUCUUAAAAGAGAAAAUAAAAGAAUAAGAAAUAGAUAACAAUUAAUGGAAAAAAAAUGGAAAACAGAAUUAGAGAGGGGAUAAUGAAGGAAGAUAUUGAAAUCUUAGGGAAGAGCUGAGCAAUGAUGAUAGUGCGUUCAAUCGUGAAGGAUAAAAUUUGUGAUCAGGGUUUGAACGAUUAUCAAUUCAAUUACAUAUAUCAUAGAAAACAUCAAAUCACCAUUCAUUGUGAAAUCACGUCCUCACGAGUGAGUGAUUAUUGACUUUAUACUUUCACCACAUUGGCAGGAGUUAUUUGAGACCGCAGAGUGGACGGAAACAAGGAAUUUCAGUAAAUGUACUUGGGUUUGGGUGUGUGAUGGAUAUACCACUGUUGAAAUUGAGACGAGGAUUUCGUAGUGACGGGGUAUGACUCAUGCAGGUUGGAGAGCAACAAGAAGGUUGAAAAAGAAGGUUAAAAUCUUUAGAAGUAAAUUAAGUUUAGUUACUCCUGUCAGCCAAUUUUCACUUUUCAACCCCACACAUACGGCGUCGAUCGAGGGGCUAUUCACGGGCGAAUUGGGUGACACCGCGAUUACAAAAUGUAAUCGAUUACCCAGGA